AUGGGCACGGCUGUACCAACAUACGGGAGUAUGGACACAGCUGAACCGACAUUCUGCAGUAUGGACACAGCUGUACCGACAUACGGGAGUAUGGGCACAGCUGAACCGACAGACUUGCGUAUGGACACAGCUGAACUGACAGACUCGCGUAUAUACCGACAGACUGGCGUAUGGACACAGUUGAACCGACAUACUGCAGUAUGGACACAGCUGUACCAACAUACGGGAGUAUGGACACAGCUGAACCGACAUAGUAUGGGCACGGCUAUACCGACAGACUGGCUUAUAGAUACAGCUGUACCGACAGACUUGCGUACGGACACAACUGAACCGAUGGACUUGCGUAUGGACACAGCUGAACCGCCAUACUGCAGUAUGGUCACAGCUGAACCGACAUACAGGAGUAUGGACACAGCUGAACCGACAUACUGGAGUAUGGGCACAGCUGAACUGACAUACUGCAGUAUGGACACAGCUGUACCGACAUACGGUAGUAUGGACACAGCUGAACCGACAGACUUGCGUAUGGACAUAAAUGAACUGACAGACUCGCGUAUGGACACAACUGAACCAACAGACUGGCGUAUGGGCACAACUGAACCGACAGACUGGAAUAUGGGCACCGCUGAUCCGACAAAAUGGUGUAUAGACACAGUUGAACUGACAGAAUUGUUUUUAAACACAGCUACUCUGACAGUACGGUGA